GAAACGACUGUCUCUGCCAAUGCUGCAUGUUUACUCGCAUAUUAUUGCCCUCUUAUUUUGUUUGCAUAGGAAUUUGAGAAACUUUAAGAAGAAUUUAACAUCGGCACAAAUCGAUUUUUGAAUCAAAUCCAGAGAUAAAAGCACAUCAUGGCAUGUCAUGUUUGAUUUUCAAUAUCUAUGACGAAUUUAGCUUCUGGCAGAGUGUAAAGUGCACGAAAGACGUUAUUGGCAGGUUUAUUGGCUUGGCUCACAGACCUCCUUGUAGCAGUUGUCAAAACGUUAUCGUUGAAGAAUCUUGAAACUGUUUCUGAAGCCACAGAUGACGCUUGCUCUAACAAAUGCUAACAGGGAUCGAAUUUCCUGUCAAUUCUAUUGCCAAGAGUCUUAUGGUUUUAUUUAAGGGGAGCACAUAAGCUGCAAGGGACUGACAGAAAGAUCUAUAUUAGCUGUAAGUGAUUUGGCUGGCAAUUAUGAAAUCAAGGCAAGUGCCAGCCAGUGUGAAAGCGACGAAAAAUGUUCAAAAUGACUUUGACGAAGAAAGGUUUAAUCUUUUGCACUCGUUGCUGCGACAGAAGACAAAGCAGCUUGAAAUUAUCAGCAAGGAAUCAUCUGAGCAGAGAAAACAGCUGGCGAGAAAAAACCAGAUAAUCAGCGAAUACGAAGUCAUGUUUGAACAAAUGAAACAGUCAAAAGAACACGAUGCAAAAUUAAUGAAAGACGAACUAGUCUACAGAAAUAAUGUCAUCGAAUCGCAGCUGCAAACAAUCGAGAAGCUUCGAACAAAGAUACGAAAAAUGAAUUCCCUAUUGCCAAUGAACCAGUAUGAAGCUGUUGACGAGCAACAACAACAUAAAUCUCGAGACAGAGCAAAAGGGAUCUCAGCCGAGCCUGCGAAGGAGCAGAGUCAUGGACUGUUGGCUAAAAACAUCGAAGUUUUCUUUGUUCAAAAAAAACAGAGAUCGAAAGAAAUUAUCCGAAGAGCCAUCAAAGACAAUGAUUUCCUUGGCAAUCUUGAGCAAUCACAAAUACAGGAGCUGGUCGAAUGCAUGUACCAGAUGGAGUUCAAGAAGGGGGAUUUCAUUAUUCGAGAAGGCGAACCAGGAUCUCAUCUCUAUUGCAUCGAAGAGGGCGCUUGUGAAGUCUCUAAAGAAGGAAAAGUUCUUGGUGCUAUGGGACCAAACAAAGCAUUUGGAGAACUCGCUAUUCUCUAUAACUGUACAAGAACUGCCACAGUCAAAGCGGCCUCGAAUGCAAAGCUCUGGGCGAUCGAUCGACAAUGUUUUCAGACAAUUAUGAUGAAGACUGGCCUUAUGAGACAGCAAGAGCAUAUGGAGUUUUUGAAAAGUGUUCCACUUUUGCGAGAAGUUCCUGAAGAAACUCUAGCUAAAAUCGCAGAUGUUCUAGAAGAGGUUUUCUACGAAGAAGGAGAGUAUAUCAUCAGGCAGGGUGCAAGAGGCGAUACGUUUUUUAUUAUCAAGAAGGGACAGGUUGACGUCACUCAACGUGCUUCGGUACAUAGCGAUCCUACGUUUGUUAGAUCAUUAGGAAAAGGAUCCUAUUUUGGCGAAAAAGCUUUACUUGGAGAAGAUCUAAGGACAGCAAAUGUCAUCGCGGGAAAAGCUGGUUGUCACUGCCUAGUAAUAGACAGAGAGGCCUUUUCGAAAUUCAUCGAAAGCCUGAGUGACAUAAAGCAAGAAAAGUAUGAUGCCGAAGACAAGAAAAGGGGAGUCGAUCACAAAGUCAUCAGUCAGAGUAUGGCAACAGAGGUUGAUGAAUUCGCCGAUGUCAAACUGGAGGACCUCAAAGAAAUUGCAACUCUUGGUGUGGGCGGAUUUGGCCGUGUCGAGCUGGUACAACUGGCCUCAGAUCCAAAACGAACUUUCGCACUAAAACAGCUUAAGAAGAAACACAUUGUGGAGACCAGGCAGCAAGAUCACAUUAUGUCUGAAAAACGAAUCAUGUCUGAGGCUCAUUGUCCAUUUAUUGUCAGGAUGUAUAAGACGUUCAAGGAUAGGAAGUAUUUGUACAUGCUUUUGGAAGUUUGUCUUGGUGGUGAAUUAUGGACUAUUUUACGAGAUCGGGGCUCAUUUGAUGACAACACUACACGGUUCUACGUUGCCUGUGUAAUCGAUGCGUUUGGAUAUCUACACUCAAAAGGAAUUGUUUAUCGGGAUCUAAAGCCUGAAAAUCUUCUUCUGGAUGAGAGUGGCUACUGCAAACUGGUCGAUUUCGGCUUUGCCAAGAAAAUAGGCUUUGGUAGAAAAACUUGGACCUUCUGCGGUACUCCUGAAUAUGUUGCCCCUGAAAUUAUUUUGAACAAGGGCCAUGACUUCGCUGCUGACUACUGGUCUUUAGGAAUUUUGAUGUAUGAAUUGCUUACUGGGAGUCCACCAUUCUCCGGGUCUGAUCCUAUGAAGACGUACAACAUCAUUUUGAAGGGAAUCGAUAUGGUAGAGUUUCCAAGAAAGAUCACGCGCAAUGCACACAAUCUAAUCAAGAAAUUAUGCAAAGACAACCCGUCAGAGCGUUUAGGGUACCAGAAAAAUGGGUUAAAGGACAUUCAAAAACACAAGUGGUUCGAUGGAUUUAAUUGGGAAGGCCAUAGAAACCACAAGCUAGCCCCGCCAAUUAUCCCUAAGGUAAAGUCACAAACCGAUGCUUCAAAUUUCGAUGAUUAUCCAAAAGAAGAUGAUAUACCUCCAGAUGACUUAUCAGGAUGGGAUAAAGAUUUUUAAAGGCACACUCGUCACCGCAAGAGGUUGUUUUAAGAUGUGAAGUUCUUUUCAAUUAAUUUGCUUUAAGAUAAAGAGCGGAUCGCAUCGUGCUCUUCUCGUAACAAUCACAAGCCAUCACCAUACACUAUAAGCUAAACCACCCUUGGUGUUGUCACCGAGCACCAAGUUUAUAGUUGUUUUUAGACAUAUUAUUGCACAUUCUCUAACGUCAGAUGCGUGUCAAUCGUGUUGUUAUUUUCUUUGUUAGUAGCUACCAAUCUUAAAUUUAGAUCGCUCUUCUUUUAUGAUACAGGGGAAAUGUUUAGCUUUCUUGUAUGCAUAAUAAACCUUUAGAUUCGUUAUGUUCUGCAUUUUAGCCAGUUGCAGUGAUUUUCAUGUAGGUGUUUGCGCUAAGUUUGCAUUGAAGCCACUUUGAAGCCAUUUUCGUCCAAGCAAUCUGUAAUGUAUAAAAAUCCCGAGUGGAGUAUUUAUCACAAUAGGAACAUUUUUGUAGUGUUACAAAUGUCAGGAUAUGUCUCUAGGUGUAAAAAGAAUACUAGGCACACUCGUUCUCCUAGUCAGUCAUUGCCAACAAUGUUUUAAACACAUGCAAUGUUUAUGUUGCGAACUUUCUAUACCACUCGAUGAAUUUCAUUUUCGUGUCAAUAUUUGAAUUCAACUGUAUUAUUAUUAAGGCACUGUAUUUGGCGAGAUGCCCUAGGUUUGUUGGGCAGAUAGGUAAUACAUUGUCCUCCCCCCUGGAUAAAAUGAACGAAUAUUAGUGAUUUCUGUUCAUUGCGUAUACUUUUUGACUAUAUACAAGAAGGGGGUGACUGUGUCAUGGAAAGAAAAGAUUUCUGCCAGAGGAUGGUGUUAUUAAAGCUCGCCAUCUUUGCAUCGAAGAGAAGAUCGCAUGCAUAACGAACAAAUCCGUAGUCCUUAAUCCGUUGCUAUUCCUGUUUUCCCUUCUCAGCUUCCCCUCGUUUUCUCAAUUAUUUUUAGCCCUUUUCGUAUAAUCAUUUGUCUUAAACGUUUCGUAUAUCGAUCAUUUUUAUGCUAGUUCAUUUUUUAUUGCUUAGAUAACGUUUGAUUAGAUGUAAUUAAAUAUACAACAGGACAGUUUCAAAAUUGUUUACUUCCAUUUAAAUCCCUGGUACUGCAUCUCAUAUAGGCGUGAUUGCUUUGAUUUGUAAUUCUUUUAACCAUAUGUUCGAGACGAGAGCCCAAUAUGAGAAGAAUUUUUAUUGAUAAGCUGGGCGCUUUCAUAUUUCGCUAGCCCGUUCUAUUAUAAUUAUCAUGGUGAAUGCAAAACUCAAUCACCCAGAAUUUUGAUUUGUCGCUACAAUUCUUGCGAAAAUAAUUGGAACGCCUUCUCAUGGUUUACAACUACGUCAAUAAACCACUGUUGAUUCUAAAGUUUUUAGCCCCCCCCCCUUUCCCUCUAAAUUGCUGCAUUAUUUGCUCUUAUUCCGACAAUUUUGGUAAAGAUUGUAGACUCAUCGUUUGCUAUAUAACCAGGAACUUGGGUAUACAGAUCCUAUUAUCUCAUUUUGUAAAAGGGUAACUUUCAGCAUCUUGGACAGUUGGGUUUGCCUCACUCGUGUCGUGUACGUUCCCAAGUCUAUUUCUGUUAAACUCGUCAGGCUACUGCGAGCUAACCACAAUCUCCUUCGCAGUUUAGAUUUGGCUUCGCAGUAUUAGGGAUGCCUUGCGGCUUUGAUAAAAAAAGAUUCUGGGAAGGUCUACCAAGUCGAGAGAUUUCCCCUUUCUUUAUCCUUGAAGAGAGUAAUUAUGUCACUGUAGGCCUCAGUUUCUAAUUUGGUUUUAAGUGUUAUUUCGAUGUUAGAUUGAUAUCCUUGCCGAACUUAUCAUGAUCAAUUAAUGACAGUAGAAUUUAUUCUUCCAUUAUCUUGAAGUAUAUAUACUUAUGGUGCGGGAAUGUACAUAUUAAUCUUAAUAAUUUUUCCAUCUGUUAUCUCUUGAAUCUACUUUACUAGGCAUACAUUUAUUAUGUCAUCUUGUUUCUGACAUCAAGUCACUUUUCAAAUCUAACAUCAUCGAAAUCACCAUUAAUCGUGUUCUAAUAAAAUUUUGUAUUUAUUUUCUUUUAUUUCUUAUAAUUAUAUCUAACUUCUCAA